AUAGGUGCGGCAGAGCGCGUGAAACUAUUUUCUUCACACCGCCAUUUUCAUCUUUUCAUCCUUCUGUCGGCUUUGCUCUUCCUGCGUCUCUGGCUCUGCGUGCGCCUGUGGAUCAUGUCUGAAAGGGAGUUGAUGGAGCUUGAUGAGGAGGAGAACGAUUUUGUGGGGAAAGUUCCUGAAUUCGGUGCAAUCUUCAUGUCUAACACCGCUACAAAGAGAGAGUGUUUUAGGCGAAAAAUUUUUGGCCUUCCAUCUUCUCAAGCUUGCUUUGUGAAGCAGGUUAAAGCUGGAAUGGUUUUGUUUCUAUUUGAAUUUGAGAAGAGACAGCUUUAUGGUGUGUUUCAGGCAUGCUCUGACGGUGCCAUAAAUAUUGUACCCCAUGCAUACAGAUCAUCUGGCAAACAAUUUCCUGCACAGGUUCAAUUUUCCACAAUUUGGUACUGUAAUCCCCUUCCUGAAAAUGAAUUCCGUGCUGUUAUUGAAGAUAACUACUACGCGUCAAAUAAAUUUAACUUUGGUCUUUCUAAAUAUCAGGUUCAUAAGCUUUUGUCAUUAUUUAGAUCGAGGAAAUUAGAAGAUGAACGACCACAGAUACAACUUACCAGAAAUAGUGUUACAAAAUCGGUUGGGAACUCUUUGGAUAAAGGCAGAAGGAGAGAUGAUGAUAGCAUGCUUUUAAUGAGCAAUACGGUAAAAAAUGAACAUAAUUUGAAUAUUGAGCCUGGGACAGUCAUCUCUGGUGGAAAGUCUGGGAACUCGUGGAGGAAAAUAAGAAGCAUAGCUGAUUAUGGCAGGUUUUCAGAAAGAGACCGUGUAAAAAAUGAGCAUAAUGUGGAUUAUGACCAUGGGUUCGCCAUACCAAUUUAUCCAGGGAACUCCUUGGAUGACGUAAGAAGAGCAGCUAAUGAUGGAGAAUUUGCAACAAGUGAGAGGGUAGGAAAUCAAUCUUACCCAGAUAGCAAUUGUCAGGUUAUCUCUACUGAGUGCUGUGGGAACUUCUGGGGUGACUUGAGAAGAGCAACUGAUGACGGCAGGCUUUCCACUAGCGAUGAAGUAGGAAGUGGGCAUAACAGGUACAGUGAUUGUGUUCGUGGGACCCAAAUUCAGUACUGUUUGGACAGAGGAAUAAGAGUAGCUGAUGUUGGCAGGCUUGCCAUCAGAAAUGGUGUAGGAAACAUUCAGAAUGUAGAUAAUGAUCUUGGCCCCAUUCCAUCAACUGAGUACCUUAGAGAUUCUAUAGUUAAGGAGAAAAGAGUAGUGGGUGGUUAUGGCAGUUUUGUAACAAAGGAGAGCGCAAUGAAAGAGCAUAAUUUGCACGGUGAUCUUGAGUCGGUUGUAUUGACUGAGGACCUUGAGGACUUUGGAGUCGAAACAAGAAUGAUGUCUGAUGAUGAUUCCAGGUUUGUAACCAGUAAUAGCAUAAGAACUAAUGCAGACAAUGAUUGCAGGCCAGUCAGCUCAACUGAGUGCUCUGGGUCGUAUCACCAAAAUAUAAAUCCUUUAGGGUGUUAUGGAAAACCAAUUCAAGAUAUGGAUAAUAUUUCAGUUCUGGAUAAACUUCGACCAUCUUCUGCAUUGCACUCCUCAACGAAGCCACAGAUUCCUAGCCUUUCUUAUUUUACCUAUCAUAAAGAUGCAGUUAUUAAGAGGACUGACCAUUAUGAUCCUGAAGCAUCUAGUCAUAAUUUCAGAUGCUCUCCACCAUUUGGGGAUAAUCAUGGUUAUAAUUUAGCACAUCAAUGUGUUCCUUAUAAUGGAAAAUCUGCAGAUAAUUCUUUCCCUCAAUCUAAAUUCCAUCAUGAUGUUGCACUAGAAUGUGCAACUCACUAUAGUUAUGCUGGUAAUCCCCUCCCUCCAUUUGAAAACCAAUUGUUUCCUUCUCAUUUGGAGCCUAAUGCUAUCAGCAAAUGCCUUGAUGUGCCUUCUGACCCUUGGAAUUAUGCUUCAUUGCCUGCCCCCAGCCAUCAGAAGCAUUCCUACCCUAAAGGAGCCAUUCCUUCCUCAAGUCCUGGAUCUUGCAAAAACAGGGAAGUAGAAACCUUUGAUAUUGGAGGUUACAAAGAUGUGUCCUUUUCAGAGUCAUCAUGUCCUGUCACUAUUUUGGACAACCAAAAUUAUUCAAGGAAAGCCAUGUCCUGUUCUUUGGGGCUAAGCAAGAAAUCUUCCUUUAUGGUUGAUCAUGGUUACCCUUCAGCAUCAGAAGCCAAAUUUGAGCAUAAAAGACAAUUCAGUGAAACUUUUAGGGUUGAGAGUAAGUGCGAUUUGCAGGGUUGUGCUUGUUCUUUACAGUCCAGAAGCCUAUACUGCAAUGAACACAAGUCACCCGGUCAUGAUGUUGAAAGCAUGCAUUCUAAUCAUUUAAAGAGCAGAACUAGUGUUUUUUCCCGCUUGACUUCAGCUCCAAAACUAAACAUACAAGAAAAUGAUUCCCAUAUAGGUGAUGGAGAUGGAGAAUAUGAUAUGGAUGUAGAGGACAUCAUGAAAAUGUUGGAUAGGAAUCAUCUUUGUUGGACAAAGGCAAGAAACUAUAAACAUUUAAUUCAGAAACACAAUAAUGUUGAAAACUGGAGGAUUAAGAAACAGACCUUUCAUUCUCAUAAGGAGAGGGACUGCUCAGAAAUGUUGGUGAUAAAGCAAAAUGCUGAUGUGACUGAAGAAGUGUAUGGCAACCAUAUGGCUGAAGGGACACCGCUAUUGGAUUUCAAGCGUCGGAGUGAAUUGCUGAAAAAUAUGGACAAAAAUAAGACAAAAGGUUGUUGUGAGACUGCAGACAGCGAGAACAAGAUGCUUGGACACCACAAAAGGAGAAGACUGGUUAGGCCAAACUUUAGUAGUAAUGAGUCAGGUUUUAGUAUUUAUGAGUCAUUUCAGGACAAAGGCAUUGUUGGUGACCUUGCUUUAAAUCUACAUCAGUCAUCUAAUGACAGUUGCUUUAGCAAAGAGAACACCGAAAGUCAUAAGGCUGUAGCUAGAAGCCAUGGAAAUGAGGACAAUUCAUCUCAGAAUGUUGCAUUACAUAGUGUAAUGGGCUCCUCUGAUUAUCAAGGCAGUCCCACUGACAAGGGGAGAGGUACAAAACACACAGAAAAGAAUGGUGAAAGUGGUGAGGUGUCACUUAGAAGCGAAUGUGAAGAUGGUACAAAACUAUCUGAAGAUAUUGGUGCCAAAAAUGCUUCCUUGUUCAUUCUGCACAAAGACAAAGGUUGUAAUUCUCAGGAAGGCUCGACUGUUGAGGAUUUAAAUGUGGAUGAAUUAUGUCAAAAUCGUUCUGGCAUUAUUGCUGCAGUCUCCAAUGUGUAGGAGUCUUCUCAUGAACCAAGUGAGAGAGUGGGGGAAAGUGCUCAAAUGGUAUCUAGCAUUAUCAAUAGCAGGGGAGGCAGCGGAAAGGAACCAUUUCAAAUUAUUGAACAUGAAAAUGCUGCUUAGAUGCAAUAUGGCUGAAGGCAAUGGAUUAGGCACUCAAAACUAGAACCUGAAUGGGUACCUGAACACGUAGAGCUGGUAAAUCUUUGUAAGCCUGGUGAGACUGGGCAUCUAACAGGUCUAAGCUCUGGUACAGAGAUUAAGCUUGUUUGAAAAGGAAGAAUAACCACGAGAGAGAGAUUUAAGAAAAGUUGGAUACAGAGAAGUUUUUGUUGCAUGGAAAUGGAACCAAGGCCAUGAAAUUGAUUUUCAUCGAAAUGCGGAAAACAGUAUUCUCUAUAAUUGCAAGCUAGUGCAAUGAAGAGCUGGCUGGGAAUGUUUUCGCACAUCAAAGGAUUUCUCAUCCAGGAUAGCUGACAAUGAGCUUAAUAUUUUGGUCUUCACAUGUUGCUGCUUUUACUUGCUUGGGAAAUUGCACCCUUACUCUAUUUUUGCUUAUAAUGAAUGCAACUUCCAUGUCUUCUUGCCAACGGGUUGGGUGUGGUAUGUUGGCUGUGGCCACUGCUUUGAGUUGAGUUUGAAGUUUUUAGCUUUUUGGAGUUGUCAA